UCUCAAUCCCAAAAAUAGUGACAAUCGAGUGAAGAGGGGUAUUUUGGGCUACAACGCAUGCGUCGACUGGAUAAAUAAGAAUCCAUGACCACUCGAACCAACUGUGACAGACUGAAUUCUGCGUCACUCUGUUGCAGUUUUGUCAAUUCGGGACGUUCUGGACUGUGAAUCGAGCAUCCCCGAACUUACGUUAAGGGAGGUAACACGGUUCGAAAAGAUUUGAAAGGGACAUUGAAAAAAAAAAUAUAUGAUGUCUUCCAAAAUUCUCAAAGGACCAGUUCUUGCUCUCCAAAGACAACUUGCUUUCCAUACAAGUACACAACAAAAUUCAAAAGUUGCUGUGGUAUUAUCAGGAUGUGGUGUUUAUGAUGGAACAGAAAUACAUGAAGCAUCUGCGGUUUUGGUUCAUUUAAGUCGAUCAGGAAGUGAUGUUGAUAUGUUUGCUCCCGAUAUACAACAAAUGCACGUUGUCAAUCACACUAAAGGUGAACCUAUGGAACCUAACAGGAAUGUUCUAGAAGAAUCAGCAAGAAUAGCACGAGGAAAAGUGUCUGCUCUAUCUGACCUUGAACCCAAGAACUACGAUGCUGUUAUCUUUCCUGGAGGUUUUGGAGCUGCCAAAAAUCUGUCUACAUUUGCUGUUGAUGGUACGGAUAUGAAAGUAUAUCCAGACGUAGAAAAAACAUUAAAAGGUUUUCAUGCAUCAAACAAACCAAUAGGAUUAUGUUGUAUAUCACCAGUAUUAGCUGCUAGAGUUAUCAAUGGCUGUGAAGUAACAGUAGGAUCAGAUCAAGAUGAAGGAGGAAAAUGGCCAUAUGCUGGAACUGCAUCUGCCAUACAAUCUAUGGGAGCUAAACAUAUUAAAAAGAAUGUCACUGAAUGUCAUGUAGACAGUAAAAAUAAGAUAGUUACUACACCAGCAUAUAUGUGUGAUACUGGUUUACAUCAUAUAUUUGAUGGCAUUGGCAUUAUGGUGAAAAAUGUUUUGUCCUUGAUUAAGUGAAUUUUAAAAUGUGAAUUGACUGCCUGUGAAACUAAUGAGACUUGCUGCUUAUGAUUCAUUGUUGCAAUUAGUAUAUAGUCCAUUAUACUGAAAAUACCAAUAGAUGAAUGUAAUAGCCUGAUGUAUGAAAUAUACAUCACCUGGUAAUGCAUGUAUUAUAGAUGUACAUGUAUGUAAUUUAGGUCACCCAGUAAUACAUCAAUUACAGAUUAUAUGUUAUUAACCCAAGCAUUGUAUAUUUAAAUGUUAAACUGACACUAGUAUUUGUGAUGUGAAAUACAAUAAAUUUAUAAAAUAAAUUUGAUUAAAAUGA